GCGCACUCCUCCGACGACACGCCCACCAACACCAACCACAACCACAACCACAACCACAAAGGCAAAGGCGUGGGCAAAAAGAGUAAAACCCGCAGCACAGAGCCCGCACCCUCCACCAGUCGGGCUCCGGUACUCUUCUCUACAGAAGAAUCGGUGGCGAACGGCACGAUGUCGGAGUCCGAGGUGUCGGGGGCGGAGUCUGGGGCGGAGUCCGAGGCGGGGGCGGGGGCGGUGUCGGGGGCAGAGUCUGGGGGCGUGUCGGGGCGCGGCUCGGAGCGCUCCCACAUCGAGGUGCUGGAGGAGGAGCUGGCGGAUGACGAGGUGGAACUCACCUACGAGCCCGCACAUCUACACGGGGCGCAGCGCAAGCGCGUGCGCAGGCGCAGCUCGGGCAGCACCAGACGACCGCACAAACGUGUUCGUGAGCGGUUUACAUCCGCCUCCUGCUCCACAUCCGAGUCCUGUUCUGCCUCCGCCUCCGCCUCCGCGUCCGGGUCUGCCUCCGCCUCCGCCUCCGGGUCAGGCAGCUCCCGCUCCGCUCGCCGCUCCGCCCGCCGCUCCGCUCGCCGCUACGAGUCGGACCGCUCGUACCGCCCGCGGUACUCCACUGAUGAUGACGCCCCGCUGCUGCUCUACAGACAGCGGCAGGAGGAGGAGGAGGAGGCGGGCCCCUCGCACCGGGGACAUGCCAGGAGCGUGUCGCUGCGCACGCGCCGGCCGCGCCGCUACAACGAGGACAGCGAGGAGGACUCCAUAGCGGCCAUCAGCAAGCGGCUGCCGCACCACCACCGCCACCAGCGCCACCAGCACCAGCUGGCGCGCCGCAGGCAGCGGCAUGCCACACAGGGCGCGAGCACCGCGGCCGCGCACACCAGCGACCAUAAUUACUUCAAUGGCCACGCGCACGCGCACGCACACAAUGGACACGGUGACGGUGAGGGGGAAGGUGAAGGCGAGGCGGGCGUGUCUGGGGGCUCCGGGGGCUCCGGGUCUGGCGGCUCGCUGCGGUCCGGAGGCCCGGUGUCCAUAUCCUCCCGGGGGCGAGUGCGCCGUCUGACGGCGAAGGCUCGCGGUCUGCUCGGCAACUGAAGACAGCGCUGCCUUAGUUGGAGCACCCUCAAGUGAGUGCUCCGCUGAAGGACACCAGUGUAUCAAGCAGUGAUAGUGUGCUAAAACAGAGUUUAUAGUAAUUGGAUAAGUGUGUGCCGACCAUUAUAUGAAGAUAUGUACCGGUGAGUAUGUACUAUGUGUAGAGAGUUCUGUAAACACUGGAUGUUGUGUAUAUGUUAGAGAAAUACAUUUUAAGUUGUAUAUGACCAGUGAAUGAAGAAACCCAAAUGUUUAUUGUCAAACUGUUUAUAAUUCUUGUCUUUGUGAUGUGUUGAUAGUAAGAAACAUUAGUUAUUAAUUGGAAAAUGGGAAAUAAACUUAAAAUACAGUUUUUUAAUUACCAGAAAAAACAUGAAUUGUUUAGUAUUUUUUUUAAUUCAAUUACAAUCAUUAUAUUUGUGUUUAUAAUCACAAUUCUGUUUUCUCUCAAAGAGGAAGUGUUUAUAUUUUUGGAUUUUUGCAUGUAAUAAUAACUCAAAAAUUACUGGACCAAUUUCAAAAAUUCUUGCAUCAUAAAUCUUUUUUAUCACUGAGUAAUAUAGGCUGUUUUUGCUAUUUCAAUUUCACACGAGCGAUGUCGCGAGCUACAGCCAGUUUAGGAUAUAAAUUCUGUAUUGAUUUGUAAAUAUUUCGUUACUGAAAUAUGAACAAUAUGUAACAGUUUGCUGUAUUUAACUGGUAAUUAAACACCCUGUAUACUGAGUACUUAACAUUUGACUGAUUUUUAAAAUCAUAUAAUAACUGAAUAUGUUGAAUUUAGGGCCUGUCCCACUAAAUUGUAAAUUGUCUGAAAAUAAUUCAACAUAUAAAAUAUAUGAUGGAGUCAGAUCCAUCCUUAACCUAUUCCCGUAGAGCAACAGGUUUUUGUCCUCCAUAACUGUGUCAUACGUCAUCUCUGUCACUCUCUUCUUGAUGUCACCUUUCACAUAAUCCAUCUCUUUCUAUGUCUACCUCUACCAGUGUAUUCAUAACUGCC